AUGGAAAGGUGCUUCGGCGGCGGCCCUGGCCUGCACCCAAAGUACGAGCUGUGCUGUACCUGCCAGAACCACCUCCUGGCCCGUGACGAGAGGAGCCAGGACGCCGCGUGCUUCCCACCGCCCCUCAGCUUCGAGGCCUGCUGCGUGUUCUACGGGCCCGCCGAGCGGCUCCCGUACCUCCCGUGCUGGAGGCUGCGCGGAGAGGCGGUGCGGCGCGUCGCCGUGGAGCUCGGCGGCCGGGCCUGGGCGCUGCCGCAGGAGCCGGAGCCUCCGUUCCAGAACGAGGGCGUCAUGGACGCGGUGCUCUGGCCGUCCGCGUACGCCCUCGGCGCGUGGCUGGCCCAGCAGCCGCCCUCGGCGCUGCAGGGCCGCCGCGCCAUCGAGCUCGGAGCCGGCCUCGCUCUGCCCUCCAUCUCGGAGGGCGCCGGGCAGGCUCCCAGGACGAGGUUCGGAGGUUGA